AUGGUGCUGGUGCUGCUGGUGGCCAUCCCGCUGCUGGUGCACAGCUCCAAGGCCACCUCGCAGUACGAAAUGUUGGGCAGCUGCCGCAUGGUCUGUGACCCCUACACGCCCCAGACCCACGGGGCGGCCUCCGCUGAAGCCAGCCAGGAGCUGGCCGUCAUCUCCCCGCCCCCGUUCCUGCCGGGGGGCAAAGGGGACCAAGGGAGGAAGGGCAAGUCUGGGAUCCGGGGGCUGCCGGGCCCCCCAGGGCCACCAGGCCCACGCGGUCCGGCUGGAGAGCCGGGCAGACCGGGGCCGCCAGGGCCACCGGGGCCAGGGCCGGGGGGCUACAUCCCGUCCUUCUACAGCCCCAAGAUCGCCUUCUACGCCGGGCUCCGGAAGCCCCACGAGGGCUAUGAGGUGCUGCGCUUCGACGACGUGGUGACCAACGUGGGAAACUACUAUGAGCCGUCCAGCGGGAAGUUCACCUGCCCCCUGCCCGGCAUCUACUUCUUCACCUACCACGUGCUGAUGCGCGGCGGCGACGGCACCAGCAUGUGGGCCGACCUCAUGAAGAACGGGCAGGUGCGGGCCAGCGCCAUCGCCCAGGACGCCGACCAGAACUACGACUAUGCCAGCAACAGCGUCAUCCUGCACCUGGAUGUGGGGGACGAGGUUUUCGUCAAGCUGGACGGUGGGAAGGUGCACGGGGGGAACACCAACAAAUACAGCACGUUCUCCGGCUUCAUCAUCUACCCGGACUGA